GAAAUGUAGUCCUUCGUUAUGACGUCGACGAGUCAGGACUCUGCUGCCUGUGCUUCCGGGUUCAUUCCGCGUUUGUGUUUCUCCCAACUCCACGUCUUUCUCAAAGUUGGGGGAGUGUGGCUUGUGCUCCGCGUUCGACAUGGAGGAACUUCUGUCAUUCCCAGAUGUGGCCAUUGAUUUCUCUGCAGAGGAGUGGGAAUGCCUGGGCCCCGCUCAGUGGAGUCUGUAUAAGGAAGUGAUGUUGGAGAAUUACAGCAACCUGGUGUUCCUGGGUCUUGCUUUCUCUAAGCCAUAUCUGGUCACAUUUCUGGAGCAAAGUUCAGAGCCUUGGAGUGUGAAGAAAAAAGCAGUAGCUGCCAGCCAUCCAGGAUCAAAACCCCACAAAUGUAAAGAAUGUGGGAAGGCCUUUGAUAGAAACUCAGUCCUUAUUCAGCACCAGAGAAUUCAUACUGGAGAGAGACCCUAUGCAUGUGAAGAAUGUGGUAAAUCUUUUAACUAUUCUUCCAGCCUUAAACAGCACCAAAGAAUUCAUACCGGAGAGAAACCGUACAAAUGUGAAGUAUGUGGCAAAGCUUUUAGUUGUUCUUCAUACCUGGGUAAGCAUCAAAGAAUCCAUACUGGAGAGAAACGCUACAGAUGUGAAGAAUGCGGGAAACCUUUUACUAAUUGUUCAGGCCUUGUUGUUCACCGAAGAGUUCACACUGGAGAGAAACCCUACAAGUGUGAAGAGUGUGGCAAGGCCUUUAGUGUUCGCACAACACUCUCUAAACAUCAGAUAAUUCACACUGGAGAGAAACCGUACAAGUGUGAAGAGUGUGGAAAGACUUUUAAUGUUCACUCAACCCUUUCUAAACACCAGAGGAUUCACACCGGAGAGAAACCGUACAAAUGUGAAGAAUGUGGCAUGGCCUUUAAUGUUCGCUGCAUCCUUUCUAAACACCAGAGGAUCCACACUGGAGAGAAGCCCUACAAAUGUAAAGACUGUGACAAAGCUUUUAACUGUUCUUCCAGCCUUCACCAACACCAACAAAUACACAGAGGAGAGAAACUCUACAAAUGCGAUGAUUGUGACCAGGCAUUUAGCUGUUCUUCUUAUCUAUAUAAGCAUAGGCGAAUCCAUAGUGGUAUGAAACCCUACAAAUGCAAGGAAUGUGGCAAGGCCUUUUACUGUUCUGUGAACCUUAUUUACCAUCAGAGAAUUCAUACUGGAGAGAAACCAUACAAGUGUGAUGAGUGUGGAAAAGCCUUUAGCAUUUGCUCAACUUUUAUGAAGCACCAGCGAAUACAUAGUGGGGAAAAACCCUAUAAAUGCAAAGAAUGUGACAAAGCGUUUAAUAACUGUUAUAAUCUAAUUCAACACCAAAGAAUUCAUACUGGAGAGAAGCCCUACAAAUGCAAAGACUGUGGCAAAGCCUUCAAUUAUACUUCAAGCCUCGCUCAACACGAAAGAAUUCACACUGGAGAGAAACCCUACAAAUGUGAAGAGUGCGGCAAAGCUUUUAACUCUUCUUCAAACCUUAAGCAUCAUUGGAGACUCCAUACUGGAGAGAAACCGUACAAAUGUGAACAAUGUGGCAAAGCCUUCAAAAAUUUUUCUGGUCUCACAUUGAGAUCCUUGAUUCAUCCUGGAGAAAAACUUUACAAAUGUGGUGAAUGUGGUAAGGCCUUUAAUGUUCGUUCAACACUUUAUAAACACCAUAGAAUCCAUACUGGAGAGAAACCCUACAAAUGUAAAGAAUGUGGCAAAGCAUUUACAUGUUCUUCAAGCCUUAACCAACACCACAGAAUUCAUACUGGGGAGAAACCCUACAAAUGUGAAUGUGGCAAAGCCUUUAAUAAUUCUUCAGCUCUCACGCAGCACCAGAGGAUUCAUACUGGAGAAAGACCAUACAAGUGUGAAGAGUGUGGCAAAGCCUUUAAUAAUUGCUCAGCCCGUACACGACACCAAAGAAUCCAUACUGGAGAAAGACCCUACAGAUGUGCGGCUUGUGGCAAGGCCUUCAAUUUUCCCACAUCACUUUCUCAGCACCAGAGAAUUCACACUGGAGAGAAACCCUACAAAUGUGAAGAGUGUGGCAAAGCCUUUAACUGUUCUUCACAUCUUAAACAACACAGAAUUAUUCACACUGGAAAGAAACCCUACAAAUGUAAAGAAUGUGGCAAAGCUUUUAACUGUUCUUCCAGCCUUAACCAACACCGUAGAAUUCACACUGGUGAGAAACGCUACAUAUGUGAGGAAUGUGGCAAAGCCUUUAAUAAUUGCUCAGCUCUCACUCAACACCAAAGAAUUCAUAGUGGAGAGAAACCCUACAAGUGUGAAGAGUGUGGCAAAGCCUUUUAUAACUGCUCAGCCCUUUCUCGACACCAGAAGAUUCAUACUGGAGAAAAGCCCUACAAAUGUGCAGAUUGUGGCAAGGCUUUUAUUUUUCGCUCAUCACUUUCUCAGCACCAGAGAAUCCAUACUGGUGAGAAACCCUACAAAUGCAAAGAGUGUGGCAAAGCUUUUAACUGUUCUUCACACCUUAACCAACAUGGGAGAAUUCACAGUGGAGAGAAACCUUAUAAAUGUGAAGAGUGUGGUCAGACGUUCAUCUGUUCUUCAUACCUACACAAGCAUCAGAAAAUUCAUACUAUUGAGAAACUCUAUGAGUGCAAAGAAUGUGGUAAGGCCUUCAGCUGUUCUUCAUACCUUAAGUAUCACCAGAGAUUUCAUACUGGGGGGAAAACUUACACAUGCAAAGAAUGCGACAAAACCUUUAGGUCAUCUUCAUACCUUAGGAAUCAUCAGAGAUUUCAUACUGGAGAGAAACCCUACACAUGCAAAAACUGUGGCAAAGCGUUUGUUAAUUCUUCAAGCCUUCUUGUACACCAAAGAAUUCACACUGGAGAAAAACCAUACAAAUGCAAGGAAUGUGGCAAGGCCUUUAGGUGUUCUUCGUAUUUUAAAUAUCAUCAGAGACUGCAUACUGGAGAGAAACCCUACACAUGCAAAGAAUGUGACAAAGCCUUUGCUAAAUCUUCAUGUCUUAUUCUACACCAAAGAAUUCAUACUGGUGAAAAGCCCUACAAAUGUGCUGAGUGUGGCCAGGCCUUUAUCUGUUCUUCUUACCUGAGGAAGCACCAGAGAAUCCAUACUGGUGAGAAACCGUACACAUGUGAAGAAUGUGGCAAAGCUUUUAGCAUUUACUCAACCUUCACCCAACACCAGAGAAUUCACACUGGAGAAAAACCUUAUAAAUGCAAGGAAUGUGAUAAAGCAUUUAAUAAUCAUUCAGCCCUAAUUAAACAUCAAAGAAUUCAUACUGGAGAAAAACCCUACACUUGCAAAGAAUGUAGUAAAGCCUUUAAUAAUAGCUCAAGCCUUAUUCGACAUCAGCGGAUUCAUACUGGAAUGAAACACUAGAGGUUCAAGGAUUGUGGCAAGGCCUUUCAUAAUAAUUCAACUCUUAGCUCAAAAAAACUCUGGUAGUGAGAAAGUCAAAUGGAAAAAGGGUGACUAAUAAGUGUUAUAUACAUAUACAGUGUAAACAUUCACGCAUGAAAGAAACCCUAUAAGUCCAAAUAGUGUUGCAAGUCUGUUAGCUUUUUUUUUUUUUUUUAUAUCCUAAGUGAUAGCGGAGGGUUUGCAUUGGGGAGCCCUAAUAAUGUAAUAUGUCAGGACUUUUAAUGAAUGCUCAUUCCUCAUCAGUGAAUCCAUGCUUCACAGAAACCUUAGCAUUUAUUGACUUUGGGAGGAACUCUGUCCAAUAUGUGUGAGCAAAGUAGUUAUGCUUGAGGAAAUUGUGUAAACAUAAAGAGUGUAGCAGAGCUCAUACGUCAGACUUAGUGGGUGUGAGAAUUACUAUAGGUGGUUAAUCCUAUACAUAUAUAGAAUAAUGUAAAUCUAAACUAAAUAUUUCUUAUUAAUUAUGGGACAUUAUUUGAUGUGAUGGAAAUAAAUUAUUGCAGACAGAAGAAUUGUGCACUUAACUCAGUAAGGAUAUGUAUUUGUGAAAGAAACCACAUUUACAAUGUGGCCUCAUGUUUGAAAACAGAAGCUAGCACAAAUCUCAAUCUGUUAAAAGAACAAGACUAGUUCCCGAUUGAUUUUAGUCUAGUUUUCCCCACAGAGAAUAUACAGUAGGUAUAAAAUAGAGUUUGUGUG